AUGACAACAUCUAACGCUAUCAAAAAAGUUCUAAUCAUUUUUGCUCAUCCAGACCGUAGAUCGUUGAAUGGAUCCCUAUUAGAUGCUACUGUUAAGAGAUUAGAAUCCCAAGGCCGUGAAGUCAAAGUCUCAGAUUUGUACGGAAUGAAUUGGAAAUCAGAAAUCACAGAAGAUGACUUCCCCGAGACUCAUGAAAAGGGAACAAGAUUAAAGGUCGUAAGCGAAUCCUUAAAUGCGUUCCAACAUCAUAAAUUGACACCAGAUGUCGUUGCUGAACAAGAAAAAUUGAAAUGGGCCGAUUUAGUCAUCUUCCAAUUCCCAUUGUGGUGGUUUAGCCUUCCUGCUAUCUUGAAAGGUUGGGUGGAACGAGUCUUUAGUGCUGGGUUGGCAUAUUGCCUUCCUGAAAGAUAUGGUAAUGGUGCCUUUGCUGGUAAGAAAGCAAUGGUCAUGGUUUCCACUGGUGGGUCUGACACACAUUAUUCUGCCACUGGUGUAAACGGUCCAAUUGAUGAUAUUUUAUUCCCUAUUCAACACGGGAUGAUGUUUUACACCGGGAUGAGCGUCUUACCGCCAUUCGUUACCUAUGCAGCUGACUUUUUAGCUGAUGAUAAGCUCGAUUCUGUUUUAGAACAUUUGGACAACCACUUCAAAGACCUUGAUUCGUUAAAACCAAUCGCAUAUAGAAAACAAGCUGAGGAUUAUGAUCCAAAAACAAAGCAAUUGAAGAAAGAGCUUGUAGGUGCAAGUAAUGAAAAGGGAUUCUCUUUACAUAUUCGUAAAGACUAA